AUGCUGUAUUGUUCGACAGUGGCACUUAUUCAGGGAGGCCCGGCGUCGGCUAUUCCCACAAAAUACUCAGAAUUUAUUGGAAAAUGUCUUCACAUGACCAUGCCAAAUGGCAAACUGGAUAUCAUGGUACUCAAGACACCCCCUACUCUGGUAGAAGCUGAGCGCACUGUUCGGUGCUUGUAUGAUAUCGCCCGUAAAGAGGCAGCUAGACAGGGAAUAACGUCUCAUAAGAUAGAUGUCACAGUAUUGCUGGAUGGCUUAGAUAUUGAGGUAAACAGAAAUCAGACUUGGGAGGUAGUAGCUGCUAGCAAGUUCGAACUAGAACUUCCUAAACUGCUACGGUCUCUGGUACCCGAUAAUUCUGAUAUUCAAUUACUGCCAGUAGUCCUUUUAGGGGGUGGUAUAAAUACUGGAGUUUCAUUGGGAGGUACACCUGGUGGGCUGACCACUCCGAUGAAUAAAAAGUAUCAGGAGAUCGAAGAAAUGGAACAAAAGAAAGAGACUGAUGCUGCUCGGCAUGGUGAAACCCUGUAUUCGCGAACAUGGGAAUACAAUGUGAUUGCAUUGGGUGGAACAUUUGAUCAUUUGCAUGAGGGGCAUAAAUUACUCCUGACAAUGGCUGGAUAUCUAGCCCGAGAAUGUCUUAUUGUUGGUAUAACAGGACCUGAGUUGCUGAAAAAUAAAAAGUAUGCUCAAGCCAUGCAGUCAUAUAUGGAACGGAAAGAGUCGGUGAGAAACUUUUUAAACUACGUAUACCCUUCGCUAGAUCUUGAUAUUGUCAUGAUCAAUGAUAUUUAUGGACCAACUGCACAAGUUAAAGAGAUUGAUGGACUGGUAGUGAGCAAAGAGACGGCAGCUGGUGGGGACUCUGUCAACAAACUAAGAUCUGAAAAGGGCUGGCCGGAGUUGGUAAUAUUUGAAGUGGGCUUGAUUUCAGAUUCUGAUAGCGGCGAUGAUAGUGAUAAGGUCAGUAGUACCCAACUACGUAAAGAAGAAAUCGAACAGAGGGAAAAGCGGGAGAAGCUAUGA